AUGAAUAAGACAGUCAUAACAGAAAUAAUCCUCCGAGGGUUUGGAAACCUACAGGAUUUUAAGUUGGUCUUCAUCUGUAUGUGUUUACUCACCUACGUGGUAACAGUCAUGGGAAACCUCAUCAUCAUCUUCUUGGUGUCAACCAGUUAUCGUCUCCGAUUCCCAAUGUUCUUCUUUCUCGGUCACCUCUCCUUCUCAGAUAUUUUGGUUUCUUCCAACGUUGUGCCAGUCAUGGUGAGUGUUACUUUGACAGAUGGCGGGAGUCUGUUCCUCACAAGUUGUAUAGCUCAGUUUUUCCUUUUUGGGGCUUUAGCAACUACCGAGUGUCUUCUGCUGGCAGCAAUGUCCUACGACCGAUAUCUUGCUAUUUGUAGACCACUGCACUACUUCACUAUUAUGGACCACAAACUAUGUAUUUAUUUGGUGGUGGGUUGCUGGGGUUUUGGGUGCGUCCUGACUCUUAUUCCAAUAUUUUUAAUACAGACGUUGUGGUUCUGUGGUCCCAACGUCAUUGACCACUUCUUCUGUGAUCUUGGACCUCUUCUGGAGUUGUCCUGCUCAGAUGUUUCCAUAGUGAAAUAUGAAGUGUUGUUACUCUCCGGUAUUGUUACCACUAUCCCCUUUGUGUUUAUUGUUGUCACCUAUGGUUAUAUCUUUGUAACAAUUCUUAAGAUCACCUCAGUCAACGGGAGGAAGAAGACAUUUUCUACCUGUAGUUCUCACCUGGCUGUGGUAGGAACCUAUUAUGGAGCGCUCUUUGUAAUAUAUGUGGUACCCCGCAGAGGGUAUUCAACAACUGUCAACAAAUGUCUGUCUCUUUUGUACACUGUGAUUACUCCAUUAUUCAACCCCAUUAUAUAUGGCUUAAGAAAUCAAGAAAUCAAAAUGGCCAUCCAGAAAUCUUUGUGUAGAUGA